AUGGCGGACAACAUAAUCACCGCCGCCAAAAGCGGUCGCUUCAGCGAGAUGAACGGGACAAUGCUCUUUCUGUUGAUGUACAUGUGCUUCUGUUCGUUCAACUUCGGCUACGACGUCGGCAACUUUGGAUCCGUUCAAGGCAUGCAAUCUUUCGGCCGUCAAUUCGGCACCUGCGAUAAGUCGACAGGAAAUUGUUCACUUCAACCUUGGCUAUCUUCUGUGAUGACCUCCGUUCCCUUUAUCGGGAAGGCCUUGGGCACCGUGAUUUGCGGUGUAAUUGCUGAGCGAUGGGGCAGAAAGAUCGCUAUCAUGGGCCUUAUCAUUGCUUCGUUUGUUGGUGUCCUCCUCCAAACUACCGCAACUACAGCUGCGCAAUUCACAAUUGGUCGCUUCAUCUCUUUCGCCAUGACAGGCAUGACAAUUGUCGUCGUCCCCAUCUAUCAGGCCGAGACAUCUCCCAAGGCUCUCCGAGGCCUGAUAACCUCAUCACUCCAGCUCAUGAUUCUUCUCGGGGCUCUGGUGGCAUCUCUUGUUACUUGGGGAACCAGCUCAAUGAAGACCAAUGCUGCAUGGCACAUUCCUGUAGCGUUGCAAUUCCUUGCACCUACUUUCCUUCUGGCUCUAUGGUUCUGGGUCCCAGAAAGUCCUCGAUGGCUCUUGGCCAAAGACCGUGUGGAGGAAGCUACCAAAUCCCUUCGCCGAAUUCGAAAGGAUAAAUCGGAACAAGAUAUCGAGUUCGAGAUCCAAGCCAUUCAACACGCCCACUCCAAUGAUCACAAGGGUAAAUGGCCUGAGCUCUUCGAUGCUCAGAACAGACGCCGCACUAUGGUAGCUGUCCUCGCCAUGUUUGGACAGCAAAUUACAGGUCAGGCUUUUGCUUCACAAUACUCGGUCAUUUUCUACCUAUCUCAGGGAUUUGGCGCAAGAAGCUUCGUCUUUUCUGUUCUUAGCUCUGUCGCCGGUCUCGCUUGCCUGUUUAUUACAUGGUUUACUGUCGAUCUGGUCGGCAGAAGGGUCUUGCUUCUCAUCGGAGGCACUGGCAUGGCUGUAUUCCUCUUUAUUGUUGGCUCUGUCGGGACUAUUUCGGAUCCUACAGAGACACAAAAGAAUACCCUUGUUGCCUCCUUUAUACUCUUUUCUUCCUCCUAUGCCCUCUCUUGGGCUCCCGUGUCCUACAUAGUCCUUUCAGAAGCCGCAUCGAGCCAUAUCAAAGAGAAGACCAACCUUCUUGCUUCUGUCAUCUCCGUUUUGACUACCUUUGCAACGUCUUUCACUCUUCCUUACCUUCUCAGCAAGCCUUAUGCAGCACUCGGUGCCAAGGUCGGAUUCAUUUACGGAAGCUUUUGUGUAGCCAUGGUUAUUCUAGCGUACUUCUUCAUUCCCGAGUUGAAGGGCCGAAGCUUGGAAGAAGUGGAUCAGCUCUUUGCAAGUAGGCAGCCGUUGAGAAAGCUUGGCUCUCUCAAGACAAGAACGGCAGAAGAGGCAUUUGAAAGUGACUCGAAGCAUCAGCCUAGGACUGAGGUGAAGGAGUUGGUGUAA